AUGACAGCGACAACAAUUAACCGCUUUGAGACAGACAAAGUGUCGCCCGAAGCACUCGGAAUUUUCCAUGAUAGUCUUAUACCGGUCGUCGAGGGACAGUCUACUUCGAUUCCUUUGACUCUUGAUGCUCGACCAGCAUUGGAGGAUCAGAGAUAUUUUCAUAGCGGCGACUGGCAGUCGAAUCACCACCUACCCAAUCACCCAAUUCGUGAAAGAUCCGUUGAGGAACAGGAAAAGACUUGGAAUGGCUUCACUGUGACAAGGUCGAUGCAAACGCCAAGACUACGAGUGUCUCCAACGACGUCGACAGAAGCCCUCGCAUUUGCGUACUUCCGCAAUCAGUACCUUGCUAUCCAGCCCCAAUCCUUGGAUCCGGGAUACCUCAAUGUUCUGCGACUUCUUAUCCGGCGGCAGGAUAUGGGGAGCUGCCUGGAAACAUGCAUGGCGACGCUGGCUAUGGCAACCUUCUCGCGGCGCCCCAACUCUCGAGCAGCUACGGUGAAGGCACAGGCAUUGUAUUCCACCGCGUUAAAGGCAGUGAAUGAAUCCAUUGGAGCUUCUGGCUAUGGUGGAGGUAAGCAAACCCCGCCGGUAAGGAAGGGCACGAGCGCUUACUCAUCCGAGAAUCUCAUCUCGAACAAUAUUGCCGGCUUCCGCAACCAUCUUUCCGGGGCUGUAGCAAUAAUACAGUCUAGAGGGAAGAAGAAAUUCCAUGAUGAACUCGGAGCAGAGCUGUUCAUGCUAUUGCGCUUUGAGUUGUUCAAAACAGCAAUCAUGCGAUUCGUCGAACCUCCAGACAAGUAUCCGUAUGACUGGGUGAUGUCGAUCAUGAAAUUGGUGGAUGACCCAUGUCUCCCGAUGGCACAUCGAAUGCUUGAGCCUAGCAGACGUGGUCGGCUCGACGCAGUCAUCCACUCCAGUAUCGACAACUUGCUGGCUGACAACCCGUACGAAGGCGGACCAUUGGCACCCUUGGGACUUCCGAGUGCGUUCACAACCGAUGGAGUCAUGGAUACUAUGACCACCAGGGGUGUCGAUGUGGUUGAACCAUUUAAAGAAUAUCUGCGGGAAGCAAGAGAUGCUUUCUCGUCGAACAUCCACAUUCCCGGUCACUCGGUGCAAGAUUUCAAGCCGAGACUGUGCAAAUCUGAAGCCUCUCUCUACACCAUCCCGAGUGACGGCAUUCCACAGUAUACAUGGAAGAGUAUGGAACACGCAAGUCUGAGUUUGUCGAUGUGCACCUCGCAACUGCACGGCUGCAACGUCGCUGCAAAGUUUGCGGCAAAGUUGGAAGGACUUUUCGAUUUCAAGAAGACGAUUGAAUAUCAGGGAAUGGAAGAGCAGGCCCGAAAUGCAUUGUCAACUAUCGUGGGAAGUGUUUCAUACCUGUGCGGAUGGGGCAGAGAAGCGGCGGGAGCUCUCGACAGCCACGAAGCAGAAAUCGAAGAUACCAGGGAGUUUAUGUGGCCACAUAUCGUCGUUCCCCUCUUCAGUGCUCUUGAAUCACCCUUUUCAAAUGAGCGCGAGCGGAGUUACCUUGCAUCAACACUCAGAUAUAUCGCGGACGAAAAGGGUAUUAAAUUGGCAGAGGCUAUGCUGGAUCUGUACCAGCAGUCUCCACAGACACAGCCCUUCAAAGAAGCGAAGGAUUGGCAUCAGCCAUGA